UUGGGAUUAAUUCAAGAAAGAUGGCAGACAUGUCUGACGGAGAGAGGGACAUCUUUGAAGAAUUGAUAGAAGCGAAGCGGUAUAAGAUUGUCAAGUACAUCAAUGCCCGCGUCUUCUUCGACAAACUCCGACAGUUCAAGGUCCUUACUAUGGAUGACACGCAAGAGAUUGAGAGCAAGACAACACGACGACAACAGGCCGCAUUUUUCCUCGAUAUUCUGCAAACAAAGGGAGAUAAUGGUGUCAAGAAGUUUUUGGAGAUUUUGGAGUUUGAAUAUCCUCAUGUUUACAAAGAUGUCACCAAUAAAGAGGCCCGGGACCCACCCACAGAUUACUUGAAACACAGAGAGAGUGUGUAUGCAGCAUGGCUGUAUAAAUUACCAGAGUUGGCAGAGUCAUUAAAGACAGAUUACGAACACAAGAGGGACCUACAUCAGCGGAUACAGGAAAUGAAAGAAGUGAUGAAGCUUGUCCAGGACAACAACUUAGAACUGGAGAGAGAAAACCAGGAACUACAAGAGAAACUGAAGAGUAUGUUAAAUGAGAAAACCGACCUCGAGCAAGAGCUCGGGACCUAUCUACGAGAAAUGAGCCUAGCUCGAGACAAGUGUAUGACCUACAUGGAGAAUGCCCUGGAAUAUCAAAAGGAGAUCAACAUUCUGAAGGAUGCUCUCCGAGAUGUGAGACAUGAUCGAGAUGGACUCGUCAAACAGAACGAGAACCUGUCAGCCAAAUUUCAUCAACGUCAGGCAGAAUCUGCUGAAGAAAGAAGAAAAUCUUACUCCAUGAACCAACUCAAUACAGACAAGCCAUUUGAUCGUCAGACAAGUGCACAGGACAUUGAGAUCACGAUUCUUAAAGAGAAGUUUGAACAAGAACAGGAGAAAUGUGAGGAGCUUAGUCAGCAACUCGUUCAUGUCACCGACGAGCUCGAUUAUGCACAGGCACAACUCAGGAAGACUAAGGCAUACUGUGAAAAGUUGAGCAAAGAGGUGGAAACAAAAGACAAAUGGUUAGAUGAAAAGAGGAAAAGGAUAGAUGUGUACUUUAAGGAGAUAGAAAGAUUGGGAGAAGAGAAAAAGAGGCUUGAUGAGGAGAGGAAUAAGGAGCAGAGGAAAGUGAAAGAGGAACAAGAAAACAGCAGGAAGCUGUUCAGUAGAGUGUAUCAACUAGAGAAUAAGAUUGAGGACCUGAUCUCUGAGAAUGCCAAACUCAAAAUGCAGAGCAACAGGACAUCUUCUGGAUCAAGUGUAACAGAUGAUGUAGCCAGUAAUGACAAGUUCCCUCCCCUGCAUGAAGAAUUCUACCUAGAUGAGGAGGACCCCAUGUAUAGGUCCAAUAUUGAAGAUUAUUUGAAAGACAGUCGUUUUCCUCAUAGAGAUGACAGUUUAAAGCCUGAGGUUGGAGGGUCGUUACGGAUGACUGACAUUGAGGAGCCACGCUCAGUGUUGUAUUCUAGAAUUCCAGUGCAACUAUUAUUACACAAAGGAGCAGAGAAGGUGACCAAUCCUGACAUUCUGGAACAGCCUGAGGGAGAGGGGUCCCAUGGAGCCUCCAUGUCAAACACGAUAAGCAGCGACACGUCGGAGGAUACGGACACAGAACUGAUGGGGUUUAAUGUACACAUCAGAGAACUCCCACUCAAAUGGAGACCUCCCAAAUCUGUCCCUCCCAGUGCCCAAUAUGACAAACAGAGGACCUACAAGGUGACCUGGCCAGUCCUGGAUGAGAAAAUCAAAAUAACGGGGGGAAACUUCACAGGGAUAUAUAUAACAGAAGUCUACAAGAAGCUGGACAGCAGCAUUUGUGUAGGGGACCAAGUCAUCUCUGUACAGCUACUGAGGAGUGACUAUAGCUGUGUUUGUAAGAUGGACAUGCGAGGUCGUACUCUGGCUGAGGCCAGGGCUGCCUUCCUGUUUGAGAGUCAGAGAAAUGAUGAAAAGGAGGUAGAAAUUACCCUCAAGAAAGUUCCCCAUGAGGAGUUUGAAAAUAUCAAGAAGUGGAUGGAAACCCAGAAGAGUACUGGAGACUACUUCUAUGUCAGAGCCUGUGCAGCUAUCAAGGAGAAGGAAACAGAAUGUCUGCCAUUGAGGAAGGGGGAUAUUUUAAGAGUGACCAACACCAACCACAGCAAGGGGGAUCACAGAUACUGGAAAGUGUGUCUGUAUGACAGGCAGGGAGGGAAAUGGGGCAGUGAGGGCAUUAUACCAGCGGAUUUUCGUAGGAUGUGUCCAAUAGAUCGACGACUAGCAUUUCGUGCUCGCAGCCAUUUUGUGAGAGUCCUUCCAAUGAAAGCAAGUUCCAAGCUCCCAGUUGUGAUGUAUGGUCCCAGCAAUAUUGUUGGUGCUGCUCAAAAUCUGAUUGUGGACGAUUCGACAGACUACCUUUGUUAUAAUGUAGAGAAAGGGAGAGAUUUUGAUACACUGAGGCACUGUCUGUCCAAGGGGAAGCAUUGUAUGAUGAGAGACAUUCUGCUGAAGAAAUCUGUGGAUGUUUUCAUUGUUGUGGUCAUUAAUAUAGAAAGCACUACACCAGAGAUUCUUAAGAGUAUUUUUGGGGUAGAUAAAGCAACAGAAUCCAAGUAUAGAAUACCAGAGGAUAUUCUUUGUGAAACCAUCACAGUGGGGAGUGAUGGUGUAAAGGACAGAAAAAGCUUCCUUAAGGCUUUCUAUGAGAGAGUGCAGAGAGGUCAGGACCGGGUGUGUUGGUUAUCGAGCUCCCAGUUAGAUGGGAGUACCACGGAACAGUAUCAGGACUAUCUAGGAAACGAGAGUACCAAACAACAGAAUCAGUCUCAGGAAAGCAACAACGAGGUCACGCUGUUACGAUCCUCCUCCACACCCAUGUAAACCAGCUGUUACAACUAACCCCCAGGAUAUACACUGUAUAAACCAGCUGUUACAACUAACCCCCUAGGAUAUAUACUGUGUAAACCAUCUGUGUACUGUGUAUACUGUGUACAGAUUCAUUUCUCUCAAUGGUAUGGUUAUUUUCUAAGCAAGCUAUAUUUUGAUUCUUUAUACAAUUAGAAUGAAAUUUUUUCAGUUAACAGUCAAUUUCAUUUAUUUCAUUUUGAUGUUCUUUUAACAGUAUUACUUGGUCUUGAAAAUAACGUAAAUAAAACUGUGUGAAAUAAGACUAAACAAUAAAUGUUGUCUGUAAACCUCGUUCAGUUUUUGAUCUGGAAUUUAAGAGUUCCUGGUCCUUUUUAAUUUAGUCAUACAUGUAUUUUUCAAGUGCUGUUUAGAAUUUCCUUUAUUUCAGUGUGUUGUAUUAGAUUUUUCCACCUAUUGGUCUCAGCUUUAACUGUGUGUUCAGUGUUAAUUAUUGUUGAUCCACUAGGUUCUAGGACAACCAGUGGUUGUUGUUUAAUUUUUCGAUAGUUUAUUUCUUAUCUAAACAUUUUAUUGGAAUAUUAUAAGAUCAUGUUGCCAAUUUUUUUUUCAAUUUUAACUUUUACAUGUAUAUUUUAACAGAUUUUGAGACAUUUUGUGUGUUAUAUUAUGUAUAGCUACAUGGUUGAUAAACUUUAAGGUCUAGUAACGUUUACAUGUCCAUGAUAUUUAUGUUAAGGUCACUUGAGCCAUACCUAGUGCUAUUUGUUUUUUUCCAUUCUUGUGCACCAUGUGAGCUCCUUAAACUUGUGAUUGUUUUAAACAUCUCCUCUGAACCUGUAGAACCAGUUUCACAUUCAAGCACUUACCUAUAAAAAUCCACUUUACUAAUGGACAUCAGAUAAACUACAUGUAUAUGUAUGAUUAUAAUUAGCUAUGAGCCCUGAAUACCAAAUUGUGAAAUUUAUGUCCCAAGAGUCCAGUGUUCCAGGGUGUGUCAAAAUAAAGGUAAAACCGAAAAUGUAUUAUACAGUGUAUCUAUUUAAAUUGUCUUAGUUCAUAGACAUCAGACAGACAAACUGUACAUAACAAAAAAAAGAACUAGGAGCCUUCUAUGUAUGCUUAAAUUCACUUCUCCUCUGUCAUGAGUUCAUCUGAGCUGCCUACAAAACCUCUGACACUUGUGUCAUCUUAGUGAGGCUUAGUGUCUUAAUACCAAAUGAUAUCCUUAAUAUUUUUCCACUAUGUUUGCUUUUGGAUUUUGCAGAUAAAUUGUAUGCCUGAUAUUAAUGAAAUAUAUGUGCUGCAUUAGGCCUCAAACAAAUGCCUCAAUUUCCUGCCCCUGAUGUUAAAGGUUCAGACCCCAGAGUGGGGCUCUGUGGAUCACCAGUUUAAAAGUAAUUAAUGAAAUGUGCUGCAUAUGUGUCUUGUAUUUUUGUUAAUUGAAAUGUGAUAAUCAUUAAUUUGAUGGAUAUGCUUUAAUGAUAGUGUUUGUGUUAUGAGGUUUAUUUGUUACAGAAACUUCUCACUCAUAUAAAUACACUUUGUGUUAUAUUUGUACCAAAUAAUUUACUUUUAUUCAUAAUGCUAUAAAAUGUUAUUAUGCUGUAUUUUUUGAUAUUCUGGUCAUCAAAGACAAUUUCACGGAAAUCCUGUCAAGAAUCUUUAAUUAAAGUCAGAAAUGUUUAUAGCUUUAAUUUUAAGGUUGAUGUUUUACAUUAGACAAGGGAAAUCUAAUGAAAUCCAUGUAAUGACAAGUCUUUCAGUUAUUAUGUAUGUAGGUCUCAAUUUUUAUUGUAUACAGCAGUUUUAUAGAUUCUCUUCUUCAGAUCUUGAUGAAAAGGUCAUAAAAUUUACAGGAUCAAGGGGCAUAAUUUUUCAUGCAGAGAGUUUGGGUAACUAUUUUGUUUAAGAAUAAGAUAUUGAUUUAAGAUGUCAAAAUUAAUCGAAAGUUUACAUUUUUUGGUCAGAUAUGAUGAAUAAGAAGAGUUUUUGUUGUGAUAUAUUUACAUUUCCAAAUAUUUUUGCAAAUUAGAAAAAGUUCAUGUUCUCAUGAACUGCCAUGGGAUGAGUAAGAAUAUUUCCAUUGUGAUGGGACUGAAGUCAAAAACUAUUGCAACCUUUUUUUUUUCAAAAUGAUCAUUGAAUGACAAAAAUAUGUGGCAAGUCAUCAGAAAAAUAAUGUAAAUAUAAGAUAUGAAUUUAAUUUUUGAGAAUUCAUGAGGUUCAUGAACUACAACUCUUCACGCACGCACAUUUAUCAUGAAGCGUUAUCAAGCUUCAUGAAAUAUGCCGGCGUGAAGUGUUGUUCUUCAUGUCCUCAUGAAUUCUCAAAAAUUAAAUUCAUCUCUUAAAUUAUAAUUUUGAACGGUUUUGUCUUUUCUUGUAAAUCAUUGAAUUGAUGAUUUUGGACUAUGUUCUGUGUUGCACUCAACAAAAUUGAAAUUUGGCAAAAAUUGACUGCAAACUAUUUUGUUUAAUCAUAUUGUAUUGAAUACUAGUUUAUGUACAUUUUAAUGAUUUCUGUUGUUGAGAUAUGUGAGUCAAAUAUAUGGGACUAUGUCCUCUAAUGACAAAACCAACAAAAUAUUACUUAUGCACCUUAUCUAUUUGUAGAGUAGAUGGCAGCUUUUUAUUAUUAGGUGCAACAAGGAGAAAACUGCCUUAUUGUAAAUUUUCACAUAAAAUAAAUUUUAUUCAUUAAGCUGGAUAUUAAAUACAUGAAUAAUGACUGUCACUGCCUGUAUAAUUACAGAUCUCACUCUUUUGUGAAAGUCUAGUAACAAAUACUGAUUAUGAAUAAUACAUCCUGUACUUGUUGAAAAAUUAAAGUUUGUUUUGAGUAUGAAUUCACAAAAACUGUGUUGGCCAUUACAUGUACUAAGUUGUUUGACAUAUAUUUUACUGUGGAAUGAUGGAUUUUACAAAGAAUUAAUGGAGGUUAUUUUCGUCAGCUGGAUAAUUGUAUCAAAAGCUUGUGAUCUGUAAAGUAAAGUUGAAAAAACAUGUUUUUUGUCAUGAAAGUUGUUCUCUGUUAUGAAAUUUGAGAAUCGUAUGUAGCAGAAUUUGAAUGUUCAGUGAAGAUGAUUAAAUCCAUGCUCUCCAUAAUAUAAUUAACAAAUUUUGUUCUUUAUGCAGUAGUUCUUCUUUGUUGUUCUUUGUUGUCUUUUAUAAGAGGAGCAAAUCUAGGCCCUUCGGUCUCUUGUUUUCUAAACAUGAUAGAUGUUCUCUCUUAAGAAUUGUGAGUUUUGCAGCAGAACUAGAGUAUUACGUAAUCUCUCUUGUUUUGUACAUGUAUUGUUUUGAACUAUACGUGUGUGAUUGUUACUUGCCUGACUGUGAGUACUGCUCAAACUGUUGUAUUUUUCCUGAUUGUUUAUAAACAAAUGGCGGUUUUUAUAUCAGCUACAUUAUCACAUUAUUUUUACCAUUUUUUAAUUGUACCAUUACAAAUUUCUUGCAAUAACUGUGGCUUAUUUUAUUUACAAUUGAUAAAAAGUUGGUAGGUUUACUGAAAGAACAAUGUUAAAUAAAAUAAAUUGUAUAGCCGCACCCAAUAUUUUAUUUAGAAGUAAGCUGUAUUUACAAUUUUUGCUGGUAAAUAUGCAUCUAGCCAGAUUAAAUGAAAAAAAUUAGGAGAAUUUAGUACAUGUAAUACCUGUACAUGUAUGUGUAUAAUGAUAUUACCUGUAUGAAUAAGGCCAUCAUUUGAAUUUUCCUGUUGUAUUACAUUUUCUGAAGUCCAUUGAUGUUUAAAUUUGUAUUGAUAACAACAAAACAAUUAAGGUUGUUAAAUUGUAAUAUGAUGAAAAGAUUUAUUUAAUUUUAUUAAUUAUUAUGAAGAAAUGCACAACAUAAUGGUACACAAUGGGAUAUGGUCUGCCAUUGUUGAUAAGGAUUUUUAAAAUUAUGUACAAUUGUGACAGUAUACAUUCUAAAUAUUACUUCUCUAGUCCAUCAGUCCAUCACUAACUUGGUCUCAUCAUCUAGCAACUAAAAUGCUGAUUAAAUUUUAUAAAUUAAAUGAAUAUUACAUAUACCUGUAUAUCGGCACAUACCUGUAUGGCUAAUGUAUACAGUGAAGUAAAUCCUAUCUUCAUUUGAAA